UAAAUCGUACUCAUUCUGAGCAGGAGCCCGAUAGCUUCAUUCAAUUCCAAUGCUAGACACGAUGUUGGGUCUGCCGUUCACCGCUUACCUUCAUGUACGAUGAUGCAUCGUGAGCGGCGCUUCGCCGCCGCCUGACCUGUUUUGCUUUGUCACCUUCGAGUCAAAUUCUGAACGACUCAUCUCCGCACCAAGUACGAUACACUUCGUUCGUGUUGAGAUGACGGAUAUGUCGCCGCCGAAGAAGAAAAGAAGAGGAGGCCCGAGAAGGAGAACCGGAUGUGAUACAUGCAAACGUCGACACACUCGCUGUGACGAGAAGAAGCCUAUCUGUGGCAAUUGUGCACGUCUCGACCUUGUUUGCGAACGAAUUGAUGAUGUAUGGAAAGUCGAUCGCGCAGUUCCUGCGCAAGAUCACUCUGUCCAGGAACUUCAGCCUUAUCAACACGAGACUCCGGAUCCUCAUCAUGAAGCACCAAGCUCAACACUGGACAUCUUCAGAUCGUAUCUGGACGGCCUUGACCAGUUGGUGGAGUUUACACCCCCGGAUAAUGGGAUAGCAACAGCAACGACUAUAUCUCCACCGACGACGACAAACUGGAGCGGCUCGGCAGAGAGAAAGUCCAUCAGCUCAGAAGGCGCCUUUCUUCUUCAGACUUACGUCAAGACCGUGGCUACUUGGAUGGAUCUCUUCGACCACAGCUGCACAUACCAGCUCAGGGUUCCGCCACUCGCGCUUGCCUCACCACUUCUAUUCCACUGCGUCUGUGCGUUCACGGCCAAUCACCUUGCGCUCUCCAAUACAAGCUUGAAUGCUUCUUGGAAAUUAGUAGCUGUGCGGCACUACGGACAAGCUCUGCGUUUGCUCAUCGACGCACUGGAAGACCCCUUCUGCGAGACUGCCAUGACUGGCAGCAUGCUCCUUUUGAGUUAUGAAGUCCAUGGUGCUAUAAAAUCCGAGGACUACAGACGCCAUUUCAUCGGGUUGACUAUGCUGAUCAAGUCGCGUGGCAUUACAGCACAGUCAAGUGGCACUGACUGCGCCAAUUUCUGGAUCUACUGUCGGCACGAGAUAGCCGUGGCAUUGGCGAACGAACGACCACUCGUUCUAGAUCCAGCAGAGUGGGCUGUGUCCUGGCAAGAAGGCGAAGGGCGAGAGGACGUCCUCGGGAAUCAAAUGAUGUGGAUUCUUGCAAGAGUCAUUAAUCUUGUCUUUGGCUCAGACGGGGCGAGAGAGGCCAGUAGGCCCGCGCGAGAAGCCUUCCUGCAGGAGUUGAAUACCUGGCGUGCAGGGCUAUCACCGUGCUUCAUUGGCAUCCCAUACGGCAAUGCAGAUGACGAUGGAUUCCGGAAGAUAUACUUUACUGUCACUGCAGCCGCUGCAACAGCCUUCUGGUACCAUAUUACCCACAUCUUGUUGUACGCCGAGCCGGUUCUGCAGGACGAGAGUUACAUUCCCUUGAUCCAGGACCAGGCGAUGGAGGUUACGAACAUCACCAUCUCAGACUUUCCAGCGGCUUUAAAAGUCUUCUCCACGCAUGGACUUUACUAUGCUGCCAAACACAUCAAGACCGUAUCGCAGAAAGCGCGAGUAUGGAACGUUCUCAAGGACAUUGAAAGGGACACAGGAUACCAUACACGGUCUACGGUGAAGCAUCUGCAGGCACAGGUAGAUCAAGGCAACACGUCUUGAACGCAUCAAAAAUUAUCCUGCAACUUCCGAUACUACAACUUCGACGAUCCCUGCGGCCUCUCCAG